AGAGUGCCGUUGUUGUCUACAGAUUAUUCUCUGGGAGAAGAUGGCUCAGCACCGCCUAGGGAUCUUGCUCCUUUGCCUGCAAACCUGUCUGGAAGCAGCUGGAAGCGACAUAGACAUCCUCACAGUGAAUGGGAUUCUGGGGGAAUCAGUUACUUUUCCCUUAAAUAUCCAAGAACCACAGCAAGUUGUCAGCAUUGCUUGGAAUUCCAAAACAUCCGUUGCUUUUGUAGUACCAGGAAAUUCAAGAACAGCACCCACAGUUACAGUGACCCACCAAAAUUAUUAUGAACGAAUAAAUGUCUCAGCUCAGAACUACAACCUGGAGAUCAGCAAUCUGAGGAUGGAAGAUGCAGGGACCUACAAAGCCGACAUAAAUAUAAAUACCCCUGAAACAAAGGUCACCACCAUCACCAGGCACUACAACCUUCAAGUCUAUCGUCGGCUUGGGAAGCCAAAAAUUACCCAGAGUUUAAUGACAUCUGUGAACAGCACCUGUAAUGUCACACUGACGUGCUCUGUGGAGAAAGAAGAAAAGAAUGUGACAUACAGUUGGAGUCCCCUGGGGGAAGAGGGUAAUGUCCUUCGAAUCUUCAGGACACCUGACAACCAAGAGCUGACUUACACAUGCACAGCCUGGAACCCUGUCAGCAACAAUUCUGACUCCAUCUCUUCCCGGCAGCUCUGUACAGACAUCACAAUAGGCCUCCGUACUCGCCACACUGGGCUGCUGAGUGGGCUGGCUGUGCUAUCUCUGUUUAUACUCAUUCUACCUUCAGUGCUUUUAUACCUUUUGUGCAAGAGAAGACAAGGUUCCUACUUGAAGACCUUCAGUAAGAACCCUGAUGCUGUCUCAAAGAACACAAUAUACACAUACAUCACAGUUUCAAGAGAUGCCCGGCCAGCAGAGUUCAGAAUCUAUGACGAAAUCCCCCAGUCCAUGGUCCUCCCCGCCAAGGAGGAGCCAGUGAACACAAUUUAUUCCAUAGUGCAAUACUCUGAUAAGCUGACUUUCACAGUAUACAACCUGCACAACCAUUUGCAGGGGUCUAAUGGCACUCACAGUUCCCUGUGCCUCAGUGUCCUUCUCUGGAAUAUGCAAAGAGGGAAGGUAAGUCCUGUCCUUCGACAGGACUUUCAGUUUGGGGGAGCUUGUGGGGGGUUGUCACUGUCUGAGGGUCCUCAUUUCUACCACAGUCAGAAGGAUAGCUUUGGGGUCUCUUGGUGAAUCAAAUGUUUUUAAAGUGUUCCUGUUUAAUAGCUGAGCUAAUAGGCAGGAAACUAAUCACAAGAGAUAAAUUUGUACCUAGGAGUCCGGGGGAAAGGGAAAUAAUGAUAACAUGAAUAGUGGGAGGAAUUAUUGGGAAUUUGAAAUGGAAUGCAAACGAAUCCAUGACUGAGAACUAAGAGCUGAUUCUCUAAAGCAUCUGUGAGCUGCGCAAGCUACUUCCUUUGUAAGGGGACUUAAUCCACAGGUCAGUUUGAAUGUAAAGAUAAGCCAAGUGUCCCAGAGAAUGAGACAGUAGAACCUUUACUUCCUCAGUGAUCAGGAGAGGGAAGGAGGGAGAAGGAAAAGAAGGAGGUGCAUGAGGAAAGAAGAGGAGAAGGAUGAAAGGAAGGGAGGAGCAAGAAGUGAGAGGCAGGGUCCCACAUGUUUGAGCCAGGAUCUGAAGGAAAGUGGGAGGAAACAGAGAAGGAGAUAAAAUUGGAAAGGACUCGAUUUGAGGGAUUAAUCAGGGAGUCCUGGAUUGAGACAUCUCAAAGUAAAUUCUCUAGACAUGUUGGACGACAGUUAUUAAUUGGUCAGUAUGUAAUUUGAACUAAAGACUCCUCAAGCCAGUGGGAAGGUUGUCUGCAGUACUCUAAAUAACUAGAGCUCGUGAGACACUAGUGGGGGUGACUCACCAAUGUCUAUGGGAAGGUGCAGUUAUUGGAGUACAGAAGGAACUAGGGCUCAACUAGGAACAAGGAAGGCGGGUAGCUUGAACCUGGAUGUUGCCUGAAGCCUAUAAUCAAAAUCAAUGCAAAUAUCCCCAUUCCCUCCUGCUGCUUUUUUCUGGGCUAAGAAGUUGAUUACCCGAGGGCUUGCAAAUGGGGUGGCUAGAGCAGAGGCCAGGGACUCAGCAAAAAGCAAGGCUCUGCUACCCUAGAUUUCCCCAGCACCACGGAAAUCUAAGGCAUCUCCCUGUGCCAUUUGCAGAACUCUCUUGGGUACCUCAUGGGACUGGAAUUCCCCAGUAGCAACUUUCAGUUAACAUGUCCUCUGUCUCCCUCUUGU